AAUACCCUAGACUUGUCUAAUAUUGAUAGCAAACGAAAGAAGUUAAUAUUGUUUGACGACUGCGUAGCGCAAAGAAAUCAAGCUGUUCAACAAGAAUUCUUCACGAAGGGAAGACAUCACAACUGUCACUGCAUAUACCAAUCCCAAUCUUUUUACGGGAUGGAUUCUAUGUUCAUUAGAAAAAACGCAAAUUGUUUUUUAUUAUUUGAAUUAAACGAUAGAGAUUUAUCUCAAAUCAUUCAGUCGAUAAAUCACGGAAUGGACAGAUACAUUCAAAAAAAGUUUGUAAAGCUCAAUGGAGAAACCCAGAUGAUCAUGGAUAUGUAUUUGUAA